GAGAAGGGCUCCACCUUCCUGCAGCUCGGCUCCUCCACAGAGCAGCAGCUGCAGGUCAUUUUUGAGGUGCUGGAGGAGUAUGACUGGACAUCCUUUGUGGCAGUGACCACGCGUGCCCCAGGCCAUCGGGCCUUCUUGUCAUACAUCGAGGUGCUGACUGAUGGCAGCCUAGUGGGCUGGGAGCAUCGAGGAGCGCUGACACUGGACCCGGGGGCUGGUGAGGCCGUCCUGGGCGCACAGCUCCGAAGUGUCAGCGCUCAAAUCCGCCUGCUCUUCUGCGCCCGCGAGGAGGCUGAGCCUGUUUUCCGGGCAGCAGAGGAGGCUGGCCUCACGGGGCCUGGCUACGUCUGAGGUGCCCAAGCCCUGCUGCGAGACUAUGGCUUCCUGCCUGAGCUGGGCCAUGACUGCCGCACCCAGAAUCGCACCCACCGCGGGGAGAGCCUGCACAGGUACUUCAUGAACAUCACCUGGGAUAACCGAGACUACUCUUUCAAUGAAGAUGGCUUUCUGGUGAACCCUUCACUGGUGGUCAUCUCCCUCACCAGAGACAGGACAUGGGAAGUGGUGGGCAGUUGGGAACAACAGACCCUCCGCCUCAAGUACCCUUUAUGGUCCCGCUAUGGCCGCUUCCUGCAGCCAGUGGAUGACACACAGCACCUCACUGUGGCCACGCUGGAAGAGAGACCCUUUGUCAUUGUAGAGCCAGCAGACCCCAUCAGCGGUACUUGCAUCAGAGACUCGGUCCCUUGCAGGAGCCAGCUCAACCGGACCCACAGCCCUCCUCCUGACGCUCCCCGCCCGGAGAAGCGGUGCUGCUUAUGACCUCUACCUAGUCACUAACGGCAAGCAUGGAAAGAAGAUCGAUGGUGUCUGGAACGGCAUGAUUGGUGAGGUGUUCUAUCAGCGUGCGGACAUGGCCAUCGGCUCCCUUACCAUCAAUGAGGAGCGGUCCGAGAUCGUGGACUUCUCUGUCCCCUUUGUAGAGACGGGCAUCAGCGUCAUGGUGGCACGCAGCAAUGGCACUGUGUCCCCCUCUGCCUUCCUCGAGCCCUACAGCCCAGCUGUGUGGGUGAUGAUGUUCGUCAUGUGCCUCACCGUGGUCGCCGUCACCGUUUUCAUCUUUGAGUACCUCAGUCCUGUGGGCUAUAACCGCAGCCUGGCCACGGGCAAACGCCCUGGUGGCUCUACCUUCACCAUUGGGAAAUCCAUCUGGCUGCUGUGGGCCCUGGUGUUCAACAACUCGGUGCCAGUGGAGAACCCUCGGGGCACCACCAGCAAGAUCAUGGUUCUGGUGUGGGCUUUCUUUGCGGUCAUCUUUCUUGCCAGCUACACAGCCAAUCUGGCUGCCUUCAUGAUCCAGGAGGAGUACGUGGACACCGUGUCUGGACUCAGUGAUCGAAAGUUCCAGAGGCCCCAGGAGCAAUACCCACCCCUGAAGUUUGGGACGGUGCCCAACGGGUCCACAGAGAAGAAUAUCCGUAGCAACUACCCUGAUAUGCACAGCUACAUGGUGCGAUACAACCAGCCGCGAGUGGAGGAGGCCCUCACACAGCUCAAGGCAGG